UACUUUGAAUUUUAGAUUCGUCGUGCUAUAUCGUCUGCACGGAGGGCAUUAUUAAAAGAUUUUGUCCCUCAGAAUCUUGGAUUUGGCCAUCUCACUAGAGAAGACGUAAAAUCUAACCACACUAGACCACUGGCUAAAGAGCUUUUUUCUCCUGGUUAUGAACAAGACCCACCUGUCCUACUUGUUCUUGACGGGACGUACAUUUAUAUACAGAAAUCAUGUAACUUCAGAUUUUCAAGGCGCUCCUUCAGUAUGCACAAACACAGGCCAUUAGUGAAACCGAUGAUGGUAGUAACUACGUCAGGAUAUGUGGUAUCUGUCCUGGGGCCGUACCUUGCCGACUCGAAGAACAACGAUGCCGGAAUCUUAAACCACAUGAUCCGGAACAACACAGAAGAAAUGCGAGACUGGCUACAGGAUGGUGACACGUUCAUCGUAGAUCGUGGAUUCCGGGAUAGUUCGGAGGUGCUUGGCGACAUUGGUGUCAACAUGGAAAUGCCUUGCUUUUUGCAGAGGGGCACAUCUCAACACACCACACAGGAAGCUAACCAAUCACGCUUAAUAACCAAGGUGCGGUGGGUUGUCGAAUCAGCCAAUGCGAGGUUGAAGAGAUGGAAAUAUCUGAAUCAUGUCAUACCAAAUACACAGAUUCCCUUCAUUGGCGACUACGUAAGAAUCGUGUGUGCCCUCUGCAACAGAUUUACUUCCGUCUUAAGUUCUGGCAAUGCGGAAGAGGAUCAGGCCAUGGCCCUAAAAAUGCUGCAUCUCUCCAAGCGGACAAACGAGCUACAGGAAUUUGUAGAAAGUAAUGGACUGUCAAACAGGACAUAUUCAUGGCAAAAAAUUGACGCAGCCGGUUUUGCGCAAGACUUCCCUAACCUGACUGAUUCCGAAAUUCGCCAGUUAACGCUAGGAGUGUACCAAGUAAAAAUGGCAAAAGCAUACACUCAGGAACACCUACAGGAUGACGGUACAUACGAAAUUCUUGUGAACGAGGACCUGGAUGGUAUUAUUGGAGCCAAAAUUCAGAGUCGUCAUGUCAGUUCCAAAAAGUACUCCUGUUGGGUAAAGUACGAAGAUGGUGUUGUCAUAUCAUGGUACUGUAAGUGUAAAGCCGGCGCACGCAUUGUUGGUUGCUGCGGACAUAUAACAAGCGUAAUUUGGUUUUUAUCGCAUGCCCGACACCAGGAUAAGCCCGUGCAGUUAGUGCGUGAUUGGUCAGAACACCUCGAGGACGCAGCUCGCGUGAUCGACGAUUCUGACAGCGGCGAGGAGAGCUCAACUGAAGAAUAGAUUGUCUACAUAAGCUAGUUACAUUUAUUUUCUGGCAGUGAUAUAUUUCACAUUUAUCGAUAUUAUUUAUCAUUGAAAGAAAUUUCCAACUGAAAUACCUAAAAUACUUAGGACAUGUAUAUGAUUAUUUUCACGAUAUAUAGAUCGUCCUUAUGCUUCUUUUACAGCAGCGUAAUACUUGUUGGUGUUUGAAAUUAUGAA